AAAAAAACGAAUUGAACCACAGCUCCAUGACAAGGAACCUCACAAACCACAACUGCUACAAAAGUUUUCUUGUUCUAUUUUAGAGUAAAGCAGAGCCAAAUACUCUCAUGGCCACACGGCCGUGACUGCGACUAAUUCACAAUGCAAAUACCAAAUACAGUUCGGGUAGGCCUUGGAGCCCAUGUAUUCAAUCGCACCGUCUACCUCAGGGUGCAGCCAAAGCCGGAGACGCUGGCCGAAAGACGGGCGGUGCUUCGGAUGCUGCAGCGCACCGGCGAGGUCGAGGUCUUUAAGAAGCUACGCCGUGACGAUUCCUUCAUCUCCAUUUUCCGAUCAUCCAAAGAUGCCAUAGAACUCGUCAGGCGCGCUCCGAUCAGGUACGAAUUCGUCGUGGAGAACAUAGGUGUCAACUUGAUCGGUUCGGGCGAUAUCACACCGACCGUCGCACCGAUCGAGGCCAUGCGGCAGGGCGAUAGCGACUCCGAGACGCCAGUGGCCGAACUGGAAGCGGACGAACCGGUGGCGGAGCAGCUGCCGGAGACGCCCGAGCAGCAAGAGGAAGAUGGUGACCCGUCGGCGCCUUCUCUGGGCAUUUCCACGGUGAAGCAGCGCUCCUUUGUGCUGUCGGCCUUCAUCACCAACCAGCACGGGCACUACACGCACAUCCGGCGGUCGCGACUGUACGGACCCUGGGAGCACGAGCGGCACGCCACCGACACCUUCAUGUCGCGGGCGCUGCGCGACCUCGUGCCCUCGGACCACGACACCCAACCUUUUGCCGACUGGAUCACGCUCGACCAGCUGAACGAGACGAGGAUCGAGGAGCACGACGAGCAGAAAAGGUCCGGGCUGGCGACCACGUAUGUCGAGACGCGCAGGGCCAGGAGACUUCACAAGCAGUGGCUGCACAAGAACAUGGGCAACGUUGGCCAGACGCUCGUGCUCGCGGAUGAGGUGUCCAAAGAUCCUGAGUGAUUUCUGGUGCAAGCUUUACGCCUAGAAUGGGCAGUUGUCCAAUGGCUACAACGAUAUGAAACAAUACAACGCAGGCAGCCCUCGAGCCGAGAAGACGACAAAAGAUAGUCUGUUAUCUUUGGCAGGGUCUUUCCCUUCCCCUCCAAUCCUUAGGAAACAAGCUUCCCUAAGGAUAGAUGCAUAGCCAUUAUCUUAUGGCAAUCCCGCUCGAUCCAUUCGAUCUCCUCGGAUCGUAUGUAAGCUUGACACACUGGCAACCGACAGGUGUAGUCAAAUUACGGAAUCGAGCUUUGGAGUCUACCUACUCUACAACUUUGAAUUGCCAGCGCCACAUGUGGUCAUUUUAUGCUGCCCGGGUCGCGACGGAAAUCAAGUUAAAACCAUGCAGGCAUCUGACCCCAAGAGUGGUUCGUGCGUACGGCGAAAUAAGAAGGAUCUGAAGUCAAGUCUAGGCACAGUGGGGGGGGGGGGGUUUCAUCGUCGAUUUCUGGCAGACGUAGCCCGAUUCUCGUGCCUAAUCUUUUUUUUUUUUUGUAAGAUUGUGGCUGAAGGGUUCGUCUGAAAAUGAGAUGUCAUCUGUCUGUACCGCGCUGCCUCCCCCAAACCCCCCAAUCUUGGCUAUGGUACCAACGCUAGCGGAUAGGGGAAACAUCCAGGCACCAGUGCUUACUUCCGCCGCAAUCGCUGCAGGUAUGGCAGACAAGGGCAAUCACCCGGCAAGCCUGGGCGGACAUUGGCCGAUCGUUAUAUGGAUCAGCCUAAAACAAGAGCUAGAUCUAGACUUCUAGAACUACUACUUUAGAUGCAGUCCAAACCUAACUGUUAUCG